AUGAACUGUCAGAGACUGAAAGGAGCUCUAUCUGCAACCAGUUACGAAGUGGUUUUACCAAAGUACGCUCAAUACCAUCACCGGACAUUUUCGGCAGCGCCGAGGGAGGGCCUGUUCCGCAUAGGUUCUUCAAUUGGAUGGACCAGGAGUCUCAUCGUCGGCCCCUUCGAGUCGUCGUUGGACUUCCAUCGUGGCAUGGCGCUCCAACUGAAGAAGCAGUAUGAACUCGAUGAUCGACGGCCAUUGAGUUCCGAGUGGUUCGAACGGCACUUUAUGCGGAUCUUAGCGGAUCAGCGGAGUGUUUUUACACAUUGUGACCUGAUUCGACAAAAUAUAUUAGUGCAAGAGCAAACGGACCCCGAUGAUAAUAAUCAGAGGCAAUUUCAAUUGACUGGCAUCGUGGAUUGGGAACUGUCUGGGUGGUAUCCUAGGUAUUGGGAGUACGCAGCAUAUUUUAUGGACGGUCUUUGGGAGGGUGACUGGGAAGACCGGUUUGAAACUAUCGUUUACUGGCGGACGUCAGUAAUGGGGUGGCACCCUAAUUGGAACGAUGGGAACGAUGAGAACGAGGACGAAAUAGACCCAGUACAGAGCCUGCGUAUGGGAGGUAAUCGUUCGAAAUCUGCCCGAUCCUCCAACGAGUCUGACAAGACCAAGGUCGAUGGUGACAACAAGCAAUUCAUUCAAAGGGUGACAAUGUUGUCGAUGUGCAUAUUGGCGGCUUUGCGGAACCGCAAGCAGUCGGUUGUAGGUUGGAAGCGUCGCAGGCUCAUUCACCUGAGCUGGUCCGCUUGA